AUGCGGCUGCUGCUGCUGCUACCCCUGCUGCUGGCCCCCGCGCCCGGGUCCUCGGCUCCCCAGGUGAGGCGGCAGAGUGACACCUGGGGCUCCUGGGGUAAUUGGAGCCCCUGCAGCCGGACCUGUGGAGGGGGCGUCAGCUUCCGGGAGCGCCCCUGCUACACCCAGAGGAGAGAUGGGGGCUCCAGCUGCGUGGGCCCGACCCGGAGCCACCGCUCUUGCCGCACGGAGAGCUGCCCUGACGGCUCCCGCGACUUCAGGGCGGAGCAGUGCGCGGAGUUUGACAGCCGCGAGUUCCAGGGGCGGCGCUACAAGUGGUUGCCCUACUAUGGGGCCCCCAAUAAAUGUGAGCUGAACUGCAUCCCCAAGGGGGAGAGCUUCUACUACAAGCACAAGGAGGCCGUUGUAGACGGGACACCCUGUGAACCUGGCAAACGGGACAUCUGUGUGGAUGGCAGCUGCAGGGUCGUCGGCUGUGACCACCACCUGGACUCGUCGAAGGAGGAGGACAAGUGUCUGCGGUGCGGGGGUGACGGCACAACCUGCUACCCCGUCACGGGCGUCUUUGAAGCCAAUGACCUCAGCAGAGGCUACAACCAGAUCCUCAUCGUCCCCAUGGGGGCCACCAGCAUCCGCAUCGAGGAGGCAGCCGCCAGCAGGAAUUUCCUGGCGGUGAAGAGCACCCGUGGCGAAUACUACCUCAAUGGACACUGGACCAUCGAGGGUGCCCGCGCCCUGCCCGUGGCCAGCACCCUCCUGCACUAUGAGCGGGGAGCUGAAGGGGACCUGGCGCCCGAGCGGCUCCAUGCCCGUGGCCCCACCUCGGAGCCCCUGGUCAUUGAGCUCAUCAGCCAGGAGCCCAACCCAGGCGUGCACUUCGAGUACCACCUGCCCCUGGGUGCCCCCCGGCCCGGCUUCAGCUGGAGCCACAGCUCGUGGGGCGACUGCAACGCUGAAUGUGGUGGAGGUCAGCAGACCCGCCAGGUGUUCUGCACCAUGGAUGACGAGGUCUAUCCUGAGCACCUGUGCCAGCCCCAGCCGCGGCCGGCUGACCGCCGCCCCUGCAGCCUGCAGCCCUGCCCACAAACCAAGCGGACCUCUUACCUGCACCGGCCCAGAGCGUGGCACCUUGCUGGGGCCCAGCGUGUGUGCAGGAGCAGCUGGAAGACGGGGCCCUGGACGCUCUGCUCGGCCUCCUGUGGGGGCGGCUCCCAGUCCCGCUCCGUCUACUGCGUCUCGUCUGAUGGGGCCAGUGCCCAGGAGGCUGCCGAGGACGCUGAGUGUGAGGGUCUGCCUGAGAAGCCCCCGGGCACGCGGGCUUGCAACCUGCAGCGCUGCGCAGGCUGGAGCGUGGAGCCCUGGAGCGAGUGCUCUGUCAGCUGCGGUGUGGGGGUCCGGAGGCGGAGCGUCACCUGCCGGGGUGACGAGGGGUCUCUGCUCCACGCCACGGCCUGCUCCUUGGAGGACCGUCCCCUGCUCACUGAGCCCUGUGUGCACGAUGACUGUCCCCCCCUCAGUGACCAGGCCUGGCACGUGGGCACCUGGGGUCUAUGCUCCAAGAGCUGCAGCUCAGGCACUCGGAGGCGCCAGGUGGUCUGUGCCCUUGGGCCCCCCAGCCGCUGUGGGAGCCUGCAGCCGUCCAAGCCCGCAGCCGUGGAGGCCUGCAACACGCAGCCCUGCGAUCUCCCUCCAGAGGUCCCCAGCAUGCCGGAAGUACACACCAGCCCCAGGGACCCCCGGAUGUCUUUGGGCCCACGGGAGGCCUCUGCCUCAGAUUUCAGAGACCAGUGGUGGGCACCCCAGGAGCAGCCCUCGGCACGGGGUAACCACAGAGGAGACCAGAGCCCACCCCUGUCAGCCCCGGGCCCUGCCCCGUCUCUGCAGCUCUCCUCAUACCGGCAGCCUCUGCGACCGGGCUCUGGGCCCCACGACUGCAGACAGAGCUCUCACGGGUGCUGCCCUGAUGGCCACACCGCGUCCCUUGGGCCACAGUGGCAAGGCUGCCCUGGAGCCUCCUCGUGUCAGCAGAGCAGGUUCGGGUGCUGCCCUGACGGGGUGACUGUGGCCGAGGGGCCCCAUCAGGCAGGCUGCAUGAGCUCUUAUGGACGCGACAACUCCGGGGGCAGGCCAGGAUCGAGAGCAGCGGCCUCCGCAGUCCCCAGUGCCCACCGGCCCCAGGCCCAGCAGAAGGAGCCCAGCGAGUGCCGGGGCUCCCAGUUUGGCUGCUGCUAUGACCACGUGGCCUCCGCACUGGGCCCCCUGGGGGAAGGCUGUGUGGGCCAGCCCAGCUCCGCGUACCCCGUGCGGUGCCUGCUGCCCAGUGCCCACGGCUCCUGCACUGACUGGGCCGCCCGCUGGUACUUCGUCCCCUCUGUGGGCCAGUGUAACCGCUUCUGGUACGGCGGCUGCCACGGCAACGCCAACAACUUCGCCUCAGAAGAGGAGUGUGUGAGUGCCUGCCGGGGACCCCAGCCCGGGGCCGGGGCCUCUGGCCAGAGCACCCACGGAGAUGGUGGCGGCAGCGGUCCUGGGGGCCAGCAGGCCGCCAGCCGGCAUGGGCCGGGGCCCGUGGUCCAGAGAGGACCCUUGCCUUCUGGUGGCCUCCGCUGGCAAGACCAAGAGCCUGGGCCGGGGGUGAUGGACCACAGACAGGCCUUUGGAGAGGGGCCCUGGGGCCAGGAGACUGGACCCAGUCCCCCUGGACUGAGUGGAGAUGCAGGACGACCAGCGCCUCCUUCCCGUGGCUCCUCCUACAGGAUCACUCUGGCGGGCUCAGAGCCCUCCGUAGUGCAGGCGGCCCUGGGGCAGUUGGUGCGGCUCUUCUGCCCGGAGAGUGGCUCCCCGGACCCCCACUCCAGGUGGCAGAAAGAUGGGCGGCCCAUCUCCUCUGACAGGCACCAGCUGCAGUCCGACGGCUCCCUGGUCAUCAGACCCCUGAGGGCGGAGGACGCAGGCACCUACAGCUGUGGUGGCCAAGGGCCAGACCAUCACUCUCAGCAGGUCCAGCUCCGCAUCACAGGGGGUGACGUGGCCAUGCCUUCUGAGGCUGAACCAAGGCACUUCCCCAAGACCAGGGACCCAGCCCAGGACUACAGCCCUGGGGACCCCAGCCGCGAGGGCCCCACCGCCGCCUCACACCCGUGGCCCCUGACCAGGGUGCGUCUGGACCGGAGCCAGCCUGGGGUGCUGGAUGCCCAGCUGGGCCAGCGGGUCCGGCUGACCUGUCGUGCUGAGGGCUUCCCACCCCCGACUAUCGAGUGGCAGAGAGACGGGCAGCCUCUCUCCUCCCCCAGACACCAGCUGCAGUCCGAUGGCUCCCUGGUCAUCAGCCGCGUAGCUGUGGAGGAUGGAGGCUUCUACACGUGUGUCGCGUUCAACGGGCACGACCGGGACCAGCGCUGGGUCCAGCUCCGAGUGUUGGGGGAGCUGACCAUCACAGGGCUGCCCUCCACGAUGGCGGUGCCGGAAGGGGACACAGCUAGGCUGUUGUGUGUGGUGCCAGGAGAAAGCGUGAGCAUCCGAUGGUCCAGGAACGGGCUGCCAGUGCGGGCCGAUGGCCACCGCGUGCACCAGUCCCCAGACGGCACGCUGCUGAUCCACAACCUGCGGGCCAGGGAUGAGGGCUCCUACACGUGCAGCGCCUACCGUGGAAGCCAGGCCGUCAGCCGGAGCACCGAGGUGAAGGUGCUCCUGCCGGUGCUGGCCGCCCAGCCCCGGGACCCCAGCAGGGACUGUGUCGACCAGCCGGAGCUGGCCAACUGUGACCUGGUCCUGCAGGCCCGGCUCUGCGGCAACGAGUACUACUCCAGCUUCUGCUGCGCCAGCUGCUCCCGUGUCCAGCCGCCUGUGCAGCCCGUCUGGCAGCAGGGACACAGCUCGUAGUGCUGGGAGGAGGCGGCUCUCAGUCUCCCCUCUCUGGCUGAGGAGGGAGUUCUCCUC